AAAAGCGCAGGAAACCCCGAUGACGAAAUUAACGACAGCCCACAGCAUAUUCCACAGAGAAAUGAUAAUACAUUAGAGCGAGAAUGGGCAGACUAUUUUCUUGAAACUGAAAACAGCCUGUACCAUAAGCAACAGCCAAAUCCUAAUACUAAACACAAGGAAUUGACACCCCCUUAUUUCCGAAAUUAUAGACAGCUUAUAUGA